AUGGCGGGCUCUCGGCCCUUCCGCUUUAUGGCUCUCGACCCGCGAUUACUUGACCUCACUCCUCCCCCUAUUGCUCCUCCCCCUACACUCCGCUCCCCACAGGCCAACCUUCCUAACCUGCGCCGUCUCUUCGUCGAGGCCCGGACGGAGGUCGAAGAGAACGAAUACUCCCGAACAGCGUUUUAUAACCUCGUUCUUUUCAUCUCAUCCGUGGCGGUCUUCAGUCUAGCUGCACAACGCAUGAGCGGACAGAAAACCGCCCGUUAA